CAUUGACUGAUUUUCCACAGCUGUAUUGCAAAACGCGGAAGGGGCGGGUGUUCACAACUGAAUCAGGUCCGAAUUGCCUUGUGAGCAGUGCGCACGCUUUUACAGUUAUCUGGUGGAAAGCCCAUCACAUUAAGAACCAUUUCUGAUGAAGAUGUAUUUUAGAGGGAAGAAACAAUUAAAACGUUGCUGUAUCAUCUCCUUCGUGCUUGUGAUAAUGUUGACUGUGCUGGAGAAAAGCAGCUAUACGAAUCAGGAGUCCCAGAGUAUCUCUUGGAGAUCCAGUUCUUCAAAGGACAGACUAGUUGUCAAUUUUCUGAACUUCUUCACUCCCUUGGACAACUUCUGGAGUCCCAGUAAAACCGAGACUACUGCCACAGAGAUGGGAACAAUAGCAAGGAGGGAGGCCAAACAAUGGGAUGUGACAGCUGCCAAUUGUGCUCCCACCAACUUUACUCACACUGAAUUGUUGACUGGCUUGGAACCAAACUUUGAACAGUUCUUACAAUACAGACACUGUAGGUAUUUUCCAAUGAUUCUCAAUCAUCCUGAGAAAUGCAGUGGUGACAUCUACCUUUUGGUGAUUGUUAAAUCCAUCAUAACACAGUAUGACCGAAGAGAGGUGAUCAGGAAAACAUGGGGCAAAGAAAUGGAGCUGGGUGGGAAGCAAAUUAAAACGUUGUUUCUUUUGGGGACUUCAUCCAUUGAACAUGAAAGGUACCACCAUCAAAAGCUCUUGGAAUAUGAAAAUAUAAUUUACAGGGAUAUUCUCCAGUGGGACUUCAUGGACACUUUCUUCAAUCUCACCUUAAAAGAGGUUAACUUUCUCAGAUGGUUUUCCACUUACUGUGAGAAUGUUAAGUACAUUUUUAAAGGAGAUGAUGAUGUGUUUGUGAGCACAGAGAAUGUUCUUGAGUUUCUUAAUGCACGCUAUUUCCAGAAUCUUUUUGUGGGUGAUGUAUUGUACAAGGCCAAACCAAUUAGAAAGAAGGAAAAUAAAUAUUACAUACCUGAAAGCUUGUACAAUAAAACUUACUAUCCACCUUAUGUAGGAGGUGGUGGAUUUUUGAUGGCUGGUUCACUGGCAAAAAGGUUAUACAGUGUGUCAGAAAGCUUGGAGCUCUACCCAAUUGAUGAUGUUUUCUUGGGGAUGUGCCUAGAACUGUUGAGAAUAACCCCUAUGGGUCACUGUGGUUUUAAGACCUUUGGGCUAGUGAGAAACAAAAACAGUAAGAUGAAUAAAGAGCCUUGUCUUUAUAAAAGCAUGCUGGUGGUGCACAAACUUUUGCCAGCAGAGCUUCUAGAAAUGUGGAAAUUAGUUCAUAGCAACAUUAGUUGUUCUAAGAAACUGAAAGUACCAUAGAAAUGUUACCAAAGCAAUUCUGGAGGAGUGCAAUUUGUAAUGUGAAAGCAAAAUCCUGAUUCUUCUUUUGAAAAGAAUGUACAUUUAACUUAUUUUCCAUCAACAAUCUCAAUUUUUUAUGUUUUUCACCUGAAUUUUUGACUUGUUAUAUGGAAUUAAAAUGGUUCCAAAAUGGAUUUAUAUUUAUGUAUUAUUCAUUGUCUAAAAAUCUGAAUGGAAUGAUAGAAAAUGUAUUUUCAUCAAAAUAUGUAGUGAUAUAAAUUUUGAUGAGAAAGUAAUUUCACUAUGAUUAAUAAA